GCGCUGUCCACGCACACGCGCAGUACUCGCGCGGCCGGCGCGGGUCCCUGCCGAAAGCCUAGGGGGUCCCCUCGGAGCUGGGGGCGGGGUCUGCGACACUAUGGCCGAGAGCGGUGGGGAAGUGGUAGCAGUACCCGCGUCCGCGGCUGCCAACGGCCUCAGCAAUGGGGCAGGCGGGGGCCCGGCGCAGACCAACAACCCGCUAUCGCGGAAGCUGCAUAAGAUCCUGGAGACGCGGCUGGACAACGACAAGGAGAUGUUGGAAGCUCUCAAGGCACUUUCAGCCUUUUUCGUUGAAAACAGUUUGCGGACUCGAAGGAAUUUACGUGGAGAUAUUGAACGCAGAAGUUUAGCCAUCAAUGAAGAGUUUGUCAACAUUUUCAAGGAGGUGAAGGAAGAACUUGAAAGCAUUAAUGAAGAUGUUCAAGCAAUGAGCAGUUGUUGUCAAGACAUGACAAGUCGCCUACAGGCGGCAAAAGAACAGACUCAAGAUUUGAUAGUAAAAACCACUAAGCUUCAAGCUGAAAGUCAAAGACUAGAAAUAAGAGCACAAGUCGCAGAUGCCUUCUUAUCCAAGUUCCAGCUGACUUCUGAUGAGAUGGGUCUCCUCCGAGGUACCAGAGAAGGACCUAUAACCGAGGAUUUUUUCAAGGCACUGGGAAGAGUAAAACAGAUUCAUAAUGAUGUUAAAGUUCUCUUACGUACAAACCAACAAACAGCAGGUUUAGAAAUUAUGGAACAGAUGGCCUUGCUUCAAGAAACAGCUUAUGAAAGACUUUAUCGAUGGGCUCAAAGUGAAUGCAGAACAUUGACGCAGGAAUCAUGUGACAUAUCUCCAGUAUUAACUCAGGCAAUGGAAGCCCUGCAGGAUAGACCUGUCUUAUAUAAGUAUACCUUGGAUGAAUUUGGAACAGCCAGGAGAAGUACCGUUGUUCGUGGAUUUAUUGAUGCUCUUACGAGAGGGGGCCCGGGAGGCACGCCAAGACCCAUUGAAAUGCACUCCCAUGACCCCUUGAGAUACGUGGGAGAUAUGUUGGCUUGGCUCCAUCAGGCGACCGCUUCUGAGAAAGAACACCUUGAAGCUCUCUUAAAGCAUGUAACUCUACAAGGUGUUGAAGAAAAUAUUCAGGAAGUUGUUGGGCAUAUUACUGAGGGUGUGUGCAGGCCUCUGAAGGUUCGAAUUGAACAAGUAAUAGUUGCUGAACCUGGGGCAGUUUUGUUAUAUAAAAUUUCUAACCUCCUCAAAUUUUACCAUCAUACAAUCAGUGGCAUUGUUGGAAAUAGUGCAACUACAUUAUUGACUACCAUUGAAGAAAUGCAUUUGCUAAGCAAAAAAAUAUUCUUCAAUAGCUUGAGUCUUCAUGCAAGUAAAUUAAUGGACAAGGUUGAACUCCCACCACCUGAUCUUGGACCAAGUUCUGCAUUAAAUCAGACACUCGCAUUGUUGCGUGAAGUUUUGGCAUCUCACGAUUCUUCAGUUGUACCGUUAGAUGCCCGUCAAGCUGACUUUGUGCAAGUUUUAUCGUGUGUCUUAGAUCCUCUCCUCCAGAUGUGUACCGUAUCUGCCAGCAAUUUAGGCACAGCUGACAUGGCCACUUUCAUGGUCAAUUCACUCUAUAUGAUGAAGACAACACUAGCUCUGUUUGAGUUCACUGACAGACGACUAGAAAUGCUACAGUUUCAGAUUGAAGCACAUUUGGACACACUUAUCAAUGAGCAAGCUUCUUAUGUUUUAACUAGAGCCGGCUUGAGUUAUAUCUAUAACACUGUGCAGCAACAUAAACCUGAGCAGGGCUCUUUAGCUAAUUUGCCCAACCUAGAUUCCGUGGCACUGAAGGCUGCAAUGGUUCAGUUUGAUCGUUACCUGUCAGCCCCAGACAGCCUGUUAAUGCCACAGCUGAACUUUCUCCUAAGUGCCACAGUGAAAGAGCAGAUCAUAAAACAAUCUACAGAAUUAGUCUGCAGAGCCUAUGGGGAAGUGUAUGCCGCUGUGAUGAAUCCAGUCAACGAAUACAAAGAUCCGGAGAGCAUUCUACACCGAUCGCCACAGCAAGUGCAGACCCUUCUCUCCUGAUCCUCUUAUUUGAAUGUGUCAGCGAAAUAUCGCCUCCCCUAAAACUCGGAAGGUGUUCUUGUUCUUCAGUUGGUGCUCUUUGCUCUGAAAUUUGACGGUUAUGAUUCUCUUUGUAUCAUUUCAUUGUAGGUCUCGAUAAUUUCUUUGGUCACAAUAACAGGAAGUAAUUUCUUGCUGACCUGGGUUGUGUUGCUCUGUAUCUGCCCCUUACGUAGAGAUGCUCUGUUCUCUGCAAGUCACCUCCCCGGUUCGGCAGUUUUCGGGAAUAUAAAUGUAUGGAAAAAAGAAGUAUGAGAGGUUUGAGGGAGUUUUCUUUACGACAUCAGUUCCAAAUUAAUCAUACAUAAGAAACUUGUUGAAACUGAAGAAUUAGUUAUGAAGAUGUGACAUAACGUCUCUUUACCUAAAGAUUAAUUUGGUUUCUUAUUAGUUACUAAUGUGAGUGGAUAUAUUUAAACUGAGGAGCAGAAAUAUACACGUAGCAAAAAGUGGGAAAAGAGAGAGAAGUAAUUUAAACAGGGUGGAUUUCUCUCUGUGCGCGCCCUGGACUGAACUCACGGUGAAGUUCAGCACUUCGAAAGGACGUUAGGAAUAUAGGCAUCCUAUAUGCCUAUAAGUCUAGUGUUUAACGAUAGAUAUUCUUACAUAAUAUGAGCUCUAAACCCAGCCAACUACAAAUUUUAUCUCUUGUUCAAACCAAAGAAAUGAUGACCUGCUCUAACGCAGGCGGGAAAAUUCUGAGUAGCAAUUGUUCAUUGACGGUAUAUCUGUCCCCCUGGUGACGGCUCACAGAGAAUGAUUGGGGCUCUGAAUUUAGAACUUUACUUAUGAGUAAGAUUCAGAAUCACCUUGUUUUUCAAAAAAAUAAAUCUCAGUACUUCGUUGAUAAGAUUUCAAAGACAAUUCUUCUUACCAAAAUAUCUUAAUUUCUGGCAAAUCUAUAAAAAGAGGUCAGUCCCUAAAUUACAAGCAAGAAAACUGAGGCAUAAGGAAAAAAUGGACAAAGUUAAAAUAUUUUGCAAAGUAGUAAGAUAAAACUAAUGUUUAUAUGAUAUGCAAUGUAUAAUGUGUUAGUAUUUACAGAACGUGGCCUGUUCGCCUGUCUGAAAUUUAUAAUUGUUUAUAUUAAUAUGAUUAUUUUGGAGGCAGAGCAGUUACUUACCUCUUUUGGUAUGAAUCUGAGCUUUCACAGUCUUUUUCCUUCAAUGAGUAUGUGUGAUAUAGAAAAGAUAAAAAAAUAAAGUAUGAUAUAAAUCAAGAGCUUAAAUUUUACAUAAUUUAUUUCCACUGUGAAGAAAAGAUUGCUGCCUUGCCAUCAGUGAAUUCCUUUGUUUUCUGGGAAAAAGGUGUAUUUUUCUUUUUACAUGGUUUUCUCAACAUAUUAAAACUAUUUCUAGAACAGUGA